GCAACAAAAUGAAGACCCUUCUUCUGCCGUCCUCUCCUACUCUGAAAUCCAAGCCAGCACAAGCCAAUCUGAAAACCUUGCUAACAGCCUUCAGGAAAGAUGGCGACCACAAAGAACUCCAAGCCCAAGAAGAUGCCGAAAUAUUGAAAUCUGUGGUUCUUCCGUUGGAGGAAGAAAUAAAACUUCUGAAAAACAAGGUUCAAGAAUCUGAUGAUAAAAUAAAAGAUUUAGAAAAACAGUUGUCAGAUAUCUCCGUGGAUGAAGCCAUGGCUAAAGUGUACGAUACGAAAAAAUCUCCUUCUUUGCCUGAAUUUGAUGAAAAUAUUGAUCCUGAUGAGAAGAUUCAGCAACUAAUGAAAUAUCUGAAAGCAGAGAAAUCUUCACGGACAGAUCUAGAAAUGUUUGUUGCCGUUCUUAACACACAGAAGUCCGUUCUACAGACUGAAAACGACACAUUGCGUACUGAGCUGCACGAAGUUUGUCGAAUGUUUGAAGACGAGAAACGCGUUCAUAAUGAUUUGAAGCGUACCUGGCAGAUGGCUAACGACCAGUUCCUUGAGUCUCAAAGACUGAUGAUGAUGGACAUGCGCCGGAUGGAGAGUGUAUUAACAACAGAACAACAGCGGCAGAUUGUAGAACUACAGCAGAAAGAUCUGGAACGAGAUGCUCAGGAACGGCGAGUUAAGGAACUCGAAGAAAUGAGAGAGAAGCAACAACGAGAACAAGAACAGAGACGGAAAGAGAUUCUACAGCGACAGCAAGCCAGUCCAGUGAAGACCCCUCUUAUGAAGGCCUCCAGUGCUGAUCCUCAGUGCAAGACAUCAACAGUUUCAAGCAGCCUGAUCGACCUCACUGUACAACAGAACGACAUUGGUGCUGGCGUGAAGAAGUCCUUUUCCAGUUCCGAUGUCAGCGACAUCCAAGGUGAAGACUUUGAUUCACCAUCAUUACUAGAUGCUUCUUUGACUGAUACAGUUUCCAACACAAUCCGGAUCAGUCCCGAGAAGACCAUAACGCUUCCUUCGUUGACUGAGGCUCAGAGGCGUGCGAUUACAGAUCCCACCCCAGAAGCUGAAGCUCACAACUCCCUGUUGGCAAGUGUGAAGUCAAGGACUGAGGGGAUAUCACUGGAAGGCAGGAGGAUGGUCAGCGAAAAAGAGUGGGAACUUCUACAACAGGAGCUGAAAAGUGCGCGAGAGAAGCUGGGUCGACCAUGCGACAUGUGCAACAACUAUGAGGCCCAACUUCAGUCAGUGCAAGCGCAGCUGAAGGAAUCUCAGUCUAAGAUCCAACAGCUAAACCGUUAUUUGAAGAGUGAGCAACAAGCGUCGGUAAAUCAGCGCAAAUACCAGGAGGAGCUGGAGAACAAUCUCAAGGAAGUGGCAGAAGAUGCACGCAAACAGAUAUCUACUGUUAUGACCAAACUUCAAGAAUCAGAGAAAUUCACAAUGGAAGUGAAGCAACAGUUAAUGCAGUCGCACCUGGAACUACAAGACCAACUUAAAACGUUGACUGAAUCCAGGGAAGAAACCCAGGUUGAGCUGGAUCGACUGACUCAGGAAAACGAUACUCUUGUCGGCAAGCAUUCCAAACAUUCUCAACAAUUACAGAAUGAAGACAUCAAUCUUCCCAACAAUCUUGAAGAAAUGCAGCUGUUAUUAUUGAAGUACCGAGAGGAGAUUAUUGCUGCCAAAGUGGCAAAGGAACACAUAGAAGACGCUCUAAAAAGCGAGAUCCUGUUUCUCAAAGACAGGGCGCUGGCUGACCAGCAAGAAAAGAACACUCUUGAAGAGACUUUGUCACAGGAAGUCAGUACUUUACAAGAACGGCUAGCAAUUUUGGAAAGCUGCAAGUCAGAACUGGAGCGGGAAUCGUCGGUGCGUGCGGAGACGGAAACCAAACUGCGAGACUCGGACCAGUCUCUGAAGAAGAUCCAGACCAAGUCAAAGCAACUAAUCAAUGCCUUAACACAACAGUUAGACGAACAAACUACGCUACGGAGUAAACUGGAGACAGAGGUCAGUACUAUGAAGGCCAAAGUGCAGUCAUUACAAGUGGAUCUGGAGAAUAGUGAAGCUGUACAGAGAGAUUUUGUUAAACUAUCCCAGUCUUUACAGAUUCAACUGGAAAAAAUUCGGCAAGCAGAAACUGAGGUGAGAUGGCAGCAUGAAGAAGAUGUUGAUGAAUGUAACAAUUGCAGACAGGCUUUUUCUGUGACAAAGCGAAAGGGCACAGGCACAGUAAGAAGUUUACUUCCCAACCACAGGCUUUUAGGUUCAGUCCCACAGCAUGGCAUCUUGGACAAGGGUCUUCUACUAUAGCACUGAGCCCAGCCAAAA